CUCCCUCUCUAGAACGCGCGCAAAGAACACACGUACUAGAAGCCCGACCGGCCGGCACACCAACCCCCACCAGCAGCGUAAUUAGGAGGAGGAGGGGAAGGAUCGCCACCGAAGCCGCGUGCUCUUUUAAUUCGCCGCCGCACGCCCUUGUCAUGGAAGGUGGCGGCGGCUCGGCGGGCGGAGGCGGCGUUCUAGGCGCCGCCCGAGAACCGCGGGAGCGGCUGCACAAGGAGGAGGAGGUGAAGGGAGCCGGAGCCGCCUCCGCCGCUGAUAGGAAGGGCGGCGGCGCUGGUGGAGGCAUGAAGUUCCGCGUGUCCGCGCGGGCGCCGCACGGCGUCGGGGCGCUGCUGCUCAUCGGCGGCGCGGCCGUCGUCGGGGCCGCCGUCCUCGCGUGGCGCCGCUCACGCCGCGGCAAGAAGGGCGCCGAGCGCCAGCGCGACCGGCAGCCAGCGAAAGGCGCGGUUUUGGAUGGCGGAGUUGUCGAGGAUGGGAAGGUUCAGGGUAGCGCAUUGGUAUCGAGUCUUGAUCAGUCCAAUGAGAACUUGAGCGCUGGCAACACCGAGAUUGGAUCCGGUAUAUUGGAUGGCAAGGCGACAGAGGAAAGCCACCAGAUUCACAAGGAUAAUGAGAUCGUUGCGGAUCAAUUGGACAGCAAACGUGAAGAGAGAACUGAUCAGAAUUCAGGCAGGAAUCCUGUCGAGGUCAACUUGGAUGAUAAGGACAAAGAACAUGUUCAAAAAAUUGACCAGAAUUCAAGCAGGAACCAUGUCGAUAUCACUACACAUGAUAUGUGUCAGACGAAUGAACAUGUUGAGAAAAUUGAUCAUGUUGAAAGAAUUGAUCAUGAUUCGAGCAGGAACCCUGUUGAGAUCAUGCCAGAGGUGAUCACUGUUUGUUUGGUCCCUGGAAAUGUAGAGAAGGUUGAUGAGGACUCAAGCAGGAACAACAUCGAGAAAGAGAUAGCCCAAAAAGAUAAUAAAGAUGUGAAGGCCUCUGAUGAAAGCAAACUCAGUAUCAGUGGACCAGGGAUCAUCUUCAGUAAAAAUAAUGAUGAAAGUGAUGGUAUUCAAGAGGCCGAAUCAAUGGAGAACACACCGACAGCACAGCUGAUGAUGCAUCAAGAACAACUCUUAGAUGAUAUGGUUACAGAUACAGAGGAAGUGAAACAAGGUGAAAGAACAAUCACAGACGAAAGCGAGCUCGAACAGGACGAAAAGAAAGCACUUGCAGGACUUAUUGAACUUGUCAGCUCACCUGCAGUGGCAUCUCUGGUUAAGCCAGCAGAGAAGAAAGGGCCCGAGUUUCCAGGACUGAACGAGACAGGGAUGAAGAUAGAGCAAGAUUAUACCAAUGGUGAGCUAAGGGAGCACGACCUGAUCAGCAAGGGAGGAGUGCAGGGAGGAGCUAUCGCAACCAUGGAUCGCAGGAGCCCUGCUCUGGCCAUUCUUGCUCUUAUAUUCGCGAUGACUAUUGGAAUAACAAUCAUCGUGCGCUUAUACGCCCCUACCCGAGCAACAAAGCUCCAGAUGGAUCUGUAGUAAAUUUCCAAGGGCGUAAUGAAGUUCUACCAGUGAUCAACACAAAAUGCCGAGGUUGCAAAGUUCCACUGGGGUUUCAUAGCCUCAUGCGCUCGCAUAUGAAUGGCAACGUCUCAGCUGGAAUGUGCAAGAUGGAAAAACGAGCGAGCAAUGAAAGAAUUCAAAUGGCCAUUGUCCAGCACGAUGUCUCUAUACUGAAAUAGUUACAGGUGUGGCACCAUCUACCAAAAGGCACAACCAAGGAGAUCAGAGAGAACUUUUCGCAAAAAAAAAAGAAGAAAAAGAAAAAGAAAGAGAGAGAUCAGAGAACACUAGGGUUCUCCCGAAGUGCUUGUUUUUAUCAAUAAUUUUGUAGCGUAUGUUAGUGCUGAAAAUAUUUAUCAUAAGGCUUCUCGAUGUCGUCUGUCUUUGCUUUAUUACCCUCUGUCCUUACUGCUAAUAAUGCUGCCCAGAAAACGUUA